GCUGUUGGCAACCAGUGGGGAGGGGCAGGGAAAUUUCCAGACGCUAUCAAGUUCGGCAGCGGCUAGGACAUGCCCGUAGAUCCUCCCAGGUAGCAGCUGGCGCCGCAGCUUUCGCAGCCGCACUCCCCUCCUCGCCCCGGGACAAGGUGGAGGGGCCGGGCCUCGGGGACCUGACUCCUGCCGGCUGCACAACACUGUCACCCAGCUCGGCCUCCGCUGCUUGUCCAUGAAGAAGCCGAUACUGAGAGAUAAGUGUUGGGUAGAAGAAAAGUAACUGUACCUUAAGGAACUUUAUCUUAAGGAAGCCAGCGACCCGGGAAGAACGUGGUUUACCACGCAAAAGACCCAGCUCCCAACACCGCAAGUUUCAGCCGGGAUUUAUACAAGAAGGGAAGCAGGAAAGGCUGCAGGCUGUGUGUUGGGGGUGCCCUGCUCUUCUAUGUUUGAGACGUUUACAUUAACCACGGGGCGUCUGGCUGGCUUUUAAGCUUGAGUCUGGUCCUUACAUUGCCCAGAUCAGAGGGUCAGUGUUCUACGGCUCAGUGGUCGUAUAUUUCUGGAGAAACAAGAACAAAGACAGAAACAGAGCAAAACAGGCAAAGUGAAAAAGCAACCAGAACAUCAACCCCGGAGCUGUGCUUAACUCUUCAGAAGCCUUUGGUUGUGAAACAAGCGAGGUUACAACACCUGUGAGGGAGCCCUGCCUGACCAUCCCCAUCGCCAUGUGCGCGUCCUCAGGCGUGGGCUCCACGCGCAUCGUGGGCUUCUUGCUCCGCCUGGGGCAGCUGCUCUCCACCUGCGUCCCCUUCUCGCUGCUGGCCAGCAUGGGCAUUUGGAGGGAGGGCAUAGGUAACUGGUGCAUGCUCGUCUGGUGCCUCUGCUUCACCAUGACCCUCAUCACCUUCAUAUUGGAGUUUUGUGGGCUCCAGUCCCGCUUCCCCUGUUCCUGGGACGGUUUUCUUCACGCUUAUUCCAUCUAUUUCAUCUUCCUCUGCAUCCUGACUGCUGUUAUUUUUGGCACCACCUACAUCCAGGUUUUUCCUCCAGGCACCGCCAGAAACCACGCCAUCACUGCCACCACUUUCUCCUGUGUGGCCGCUGUGCUUUAUGUCAUCGACGUGGCCUGGAUCUGUGUCCGACCUGGAGACAUGGUCUGCUAUGUGCCCACCUUGCUGGGCGUGAUCAGGAGGCUGGAGAACUAUGUGGCCUGUGUCAUUUUCGCCAUCAUCAGCAACACUUACCUGUACCAGCAGCAGCCGGCCCUGGAGUGGUGCGUUUUUGUGUAUGCCAUCUGCUUCAUCCUGGGGUCCGUGAACUACUUUGUGAAUGGGGCCGACAUUGACAACGACAAAAAGCCCGUCCGCUUCCCCCGUUUCCUGGUGGGGCAGACCGUGCUCUCUGUCUUCCUCUACGCCAGCACUGUGGUCCUCUGGCCCCUCUACCAGUUCGACGAGAAAUUAGGUGGGCAGCCCCAGCGGUCCAGAGAUGUGAGAUGCAGUGAUAAACUCACCUCCUUGGUGUGUAUCUGGGACCAACGACUGGCUGUGACCGUUUUGACAGCCAUCAACCUGCUGGUUUAUGUGGCCGACACAGUACACUUGGCCAGAGAAGCUUUUGUUCGGACUGAGGCUCAGUCCAGGGGCUCUUCAUUCUUCUUUUCCCCUGCAGUUUCUUCACCAAGUUCUGAUGUCCCCUAAUGUCCUCUUCCUGUCCUGUCUCUCCCUUCUCACAUCCUUCCCCAUUCAUCUCACUCUCUUUUCUCUUUCCUUCCCUCCUUCUGCUGUGUCUCCUUCCUGUUUUGUUUGGUCGCUCCAUCUUGUUUGCUUUCUUUCUCUUUCCACUCUCAUCGUUUCUACAUUUUCUACUUUUCGGCUCUUUUCUGCCUUAUUUUCUCAUGUGCUAGUGUCCUGACCACCUCUUCCCAUUUUCAUUCUUCUGAUCAGUCGGGACCGUAAGACUUCUUCCUUUUGUGCCCCACCUCCCCCUCCCACCUCUGAAGGCACUUUGUGCUCUGGGAAAACUGGUGGAACAAAUCCUCAUAGAAUGAGGUUUUUUCAGGAGACAUUUUUAUGAACCCACUUUUCUGCAUCUUCCCAUAUUUAGAAAAGCACUUAAACUGUUAACUAAGAUAUCUGUUCUUCCUGAAGAGCAGUAAACUUUUACCAAGGUGGGUACUUGAUUGCAGGUACCCCUUGGACAAAAUCACACACAUACUGUAGGUGACAGUGUGUGUGUAUGAAACUUUGUAUUCUGUUAUAAGUUAAUCACUAAAAGAUGUUGCCUGUAAGCUUAAAUUAUACAUAAUGGCCCAUCUCUGGGAACCCUGCCUCCAAGCAGUGACCAUUAAGCUUUGCUCCGCUCACAGGGACCGUCCCAACCAGGCCUACCCAUGAAUGACUGCAGGAAGGAAGAAAUGAACAUACCCUGGAACCAGGACUUUACCCCUCCUCUUUUAGUAUAAAAGAAACCUUAAUUCUAACUCUGGGAAAAUGGCCCUUGGGACACUAGUCCAUCAUCUUCUUGGUCUGUUGGCUUUCUGAAUAAAGUUGCUAUUCCUUGU